AUGUUUAUGAGAUCUAGAGCAUUGACAGAGAAUCACAAGAUUUUGAACAAGCCACUGACACGUGCAUCAUUGAAUGCACUUAAUCAGCAGCAGAAGGGCUUCAAUCGCAAUAUUUCUAAGAUUCCUCGUCCUCACCGAAACAUACAUUACGCGAAAACGUCACUAUAUGCAGUCGCCACUUUUAAGGUGUCGCUGCAGCGGUCAAUUGGUACCUACUAUGGAACCACAAAUGCAAACUUUAUAAAUGGCACUAAAGAACGACUCAAAAAACGUCAGUUCUCGACCAAAGCUAGAUUUUCAUCACGACUAAAACGCGUCAAGUUUCGCUCCUGGUUCACAUUGACUUCAGUUUCUCUCAUCUUUUUUGGUGUUGUGGCCAGAAAUCUCAUUGAGGAUGAUGAUACCCGAGAAUCAAAGGAAUCAAAGGAAAAGAGAUCUCACAACAUAGGAUCGUGGCCUCUAUAUAUGUACUCCAGACUUCCCUUGAAUUCACUUUCUAGGCUUUGGGGACAACUGAAUAGCAUCAGCCUUCCCGUAUGGUUGAGGGGCCCCAGUUUCAAGCUCUAUUCGGUGAUUUUUGGCGUUAACUUAGACGAAAUGGCAGAUCCUGAUCUUACACACUACAAAAAUCUGGCCGAGUUUUUUUGUCGGCCGAUUAAAUCAGAAAGAAGACCCAUCGACACUUCUGCGACACUUUGUUCUCCAUGUGAUGGCAAGGUUUUAAAGUUUGGCAUCGUUGAGGAAGAUGGUGGGAUAGAGCAGGUGAAAGGAAUAACGUACAAAGUUGAUGCCUUACUGGGCACGCACGAUGCGCCAAAAGUUGAAGCUCCUCCUCAACAAUUUGAUCCAAAAGAAGCCGAAAAAGAAGCCCACUUUAUUGACUUACAUGGAGAUAUCAAGACUCUGACCUACAAGAAGGAAGGCGACCAGUCUUUCAUCCAUCCUUCGACUUCGCGUAUUUUGUCUGUUUCAAGAACUAUGGUUGGUGCUGAAGGACACAAAGAAACCAACAAGUUGUUUUAUGCAGUCAUAUACUUAGCACCAGGAGACUACCAUAGAUUUCACUCGCCCGUUGAAUGGGUAGCAACAUUAAGGAGACAUUUUGUUGGCCAGUUAUACUCAGUUGCACCGUACUUUCAACGGACUUUACAAAACCUAUUCAUAUUAAACGAGAGAGUUGCAAUUCUUGGGUACUGGAGAUAUGGCCUCUUCAGUAUGACUCCUGUCGGAGCGACUAAUGUUGGCUCCAUCAAACUGAAUUUCGACACCCAUCUCGCAACGAAUGAAGUUUACGAGCAUGAAAUAUAUUCUAAAGACAAAUUAAAUGAAGCAUUGACUGAGAAGUACAAGGUUCGGGAGCGCAAGAAGUUGAAAAGGGAUACCUGCUAUGAAGCGACUUAUGCGAAUGCGUCAAAGCUACUUCAUGGAAUUCCUUUAUUUAGAGGAGAGGAAAUGGGCGGCUUCAAACUUGGAUCUACAAUUGUAUUGGUUUUUGAAGCUCCCCCAAAUUUCCAGUUCGACCUCCAAGAAAAUCAGCAGGUGCUGAUGGGGCAAGGCAUUGGUAGAUUAGGAAGUUAA